UAGUUUUGUUGUUCUGCUUCCGUUCUACGUCACUUCCUUCCCAACGAAGCUUCUCCGUUGCUAAGAAGCUCGCGGCCGCUGCCGGUCAUCCUGACAACGACUAUUCUCUCCAGAGAACGAAUAAAGUUACUGAGCCUCAUCAAAGGGCCUACAAAGAAAUAAAAUUCAAACAAUUUCAACUAAAAGAUGGCGAAUCCUCACCGGACGAACGUUUUAGUAACUUCCUGUCUGAAGACGCCGGUGGACCCGCACACUAAAGCGCCGUUAGCGUCAUACGAGCGUGGGAGAGUCCCGCUGCACGCGGCUGCAGGCCAAGUGGACAACCGAGACUAUGAAAACGAGCUGGAGUAUGGAGACUCGGGCUCGGAUUUCUGCGAUGAGGACUGUCUGGAGAUGGGUGGAGCUCACAUGGGGGGCAACUUCAGGGCAGCCGUGGACCGCCUGGACCUGAGUGAAAUCUUCUUCUCCAAUGAGGAGUACUACAGCAAGCUGGAGGAGCUGAAGAGGGCUCACGAACGCACCAUGGCCGAGCUGGAGAGCAUGUAUCAGCAGAAGCUGCAGCUCAGGUCCACUGAGGCUUUUGAUAUGAAGGCUCUGGAUAUCGGUCACAGAGUACAGUGGACAAAUAUGAGUCCAGCAGCUCCACGUCCCUGUUUGAGGAAGUCCCACUCUGCAGGAGAACUCCGGCGAGGUUCUGGACUGUCGGACUCUUCCGAGGAAGAGGAUGCUGCCAACAGUGUGGAGAAAGGCCUGCUUUUCUCCCCCAAAGAGCACAUCAAGAACAUGUGGAAGGAUUUCCAAGUGUCCUCGUACAAUCACCAGCUGUCCUCCUCGCUGCAGAGUCUGCCGGGGCGGCAGAAAAAGACUCCGAAGAGGAGGAAAAGCAGACGGCAGGACAAACACAAAGUGACCGUCCCUAAGCCUUUCCACAUGACCCUGCGGGAAGCCCAGAGGCGAAAGCUGGGCAUAAAGACGCGCUCGGAGAUCGAGCUGGAGAACAUGGAGCUCCGUCGACAGCUGGAGGAGGUGACAGAAUGCCAGAGGAAGUUCCGCGCCAGCCCCGUUCCUGCACACGUUCACCUCCCACUCUACGAAGAGCUCCAAGAGCGAAAUGAGGAGCGGCGCAGAACCCUGCAGGAGCGCGAGGAGAAGCAUCUUCGAACCAUUCAGAAGCCUUUCAGCUUCAUAGAGAGAGAGCGGCUGAAGAAGGAGCAGAAACAGCAGCAUCCGUCUGAGCAGGAGAAGGUCAAACCCUUUAAGGCUAAGCCCGUCCCAAAGUCUGUGUACGCGGCAGCUUCAGGAGAACACCUGAAGGAGGAGCAGCUGUACAGGUCUAUCAAGAUCCAGAUGAGGGCCCAGGAGAUGCUCCAGAGUUCUUCAAUGCCCCCCAGCAUGCUCACCCGACGUCUCAGCGACCGCAAGAAGAACAAAGACGGCUCCACAGCCGAAGGAGCCGGAGGUUUCUCCCACCGCCCGCAGAUAAACCAAGACGUUCCAGACUUCAAUGCCAAACACAGACGCUUCCAGAAGCACCUGGAGAAGCGGAAAGAGGUUAAACCCACCACUACGUGUGAGCCCUUUGAGCUGAGGACAUCGCAGAUCUCCUCACACAAGGAGCGCAUCAUGGCCGACAUCGAGAAAGAGCAGAGCAGCCCUCGGAUGCAGCGCUGGCCGUACGUCAGCUCCGGAGCCGCACGCACGCCAAACUCCAGCCUCUGCUCCUCCCUCUCAGGCAGCCUGGAACUCCUACCUGCCAAAGUCACCGACGCCACUAAAAGACGCCAUGAGGCCGUGAGAAAGGCGCUGGAGCAGAGGAAGAAGGCUGAAGAGGAGGAGGAGCGCUGGAAAGAAAAGCAGAGGCAAAGAGAGAGGAAGCUGCAGAGGGAGGUUUUAAAACGCGCCCAAGCCAACGACCCGCACACGGCGCUCUCACAGACCAACCAGAGCAAACUGAAGGAGUUCAGGAAACAAGACCUUCAGCGCAAGAAGGAAUACAAGCAGGAGAUUAAAGAGAUGCAGCAAAGAGUGAAGGGAAGGCCGCUGCUUUUGGAGCAGGUUGCUCAGAGGAAUGCCAAACAAGCAGCAGAGAAGCGCUACAUCGAAGCCCUGCAUGGAUGUGACCUGACUGAGGAGUUCGUCCAAGACAAGGCGCCUAAAUCAGCUUCUCUGCGCAAAGCCUCCCUCUCCAGUGACAACAAACAGAGUGACGUGGAGGAGGCAGAAGUGGAUUUUGAGCGUGUUCAGUUCCGAAGGGUCUUUGUGGAUGAUGAAGACACUGAUCACUCCGGUGGAGGAGACGAGGAGGAGAACGGCCAGGCUUCAUCCGGCCUCCAAAGUGGUGGAGGUGUCAGCGGCCACAACACAGACGAUGACAACGAUCAGCACUACUCUGACGAAAGCUACCACUACUCGGAUGAUCAUGAGAGCUUCUCGGAUGACAGCCAGCCCGAUGACAGCAAACAGCAGGAAACGGAAGAGUGAUCUUACCACAAAUUUUUAUUUUAAUGUUUUUAAAUGUAACUGGAACUUAAAACAACAUCAUGAAUGAAAAAUGGAUCAUGUUUGAAUACUGUGACAGAAACUAGCAGUUAUUUAUUAUUCCUAAGAAAAUAAAAGCUUUGCUGUGGAUUCA